AUGGAUGCGUAUAAUGAAGAUACAUCCAGCAAUAUCUCUUCUUUACCUCCAAAGAGGCACACUCUUGAAGAAUUAAUUGAAUUUUUGCCAGAAAAUAUUAGCUUUGACGUUCUUAAAGUUGAUUUUAAGGAGUAUUCUUCUUAUAAAACUCUUUUACCAAAACGUGCAAUUUGGGAUAUUCGAUUACAGCUGAUGGCAUAUGAUUAUGAUACAUCUCAAAGCGAAUUAUUGUUUUUAACUGGUUCUAGUGAUAUUAUACCAAAUGUUUAUGAGGGAGGGUAUAAAACAUGGGAGUGUAGUUAUGAUUUGGUAGAAUAUCUCUCAAAAACAUCAUUAAAAUACAGUAAACUUGGUUGUGGUUCUGCUUUGCCUUCAGUAGUAUUAUUUAUACAAACUCUUCUUUAUUCAAGAAAUCAAGCAGUAAAUUUCACUUUUCAAGACUAUAAUAUUUCUGUUUUGAAAUUUUUAACUAUACCAAAUUUAUUUUUGGCUUGGGCAAUCAUAAAAAAUCAAGAAAUUGCAUCUAUGAAAGAAAUGAACAUAACAAACACAAUAAAAGAGGAGUUUCUUUCUGAUUUAAUAGAAAAAAAAAUAACCAUAAAUUUCAUUUCCGGAGGAUGGUGUGAUAAAAUGAAUCAUUUAAUUCUAGAUAAACAUGAUUUAAUACUUGCUUCUGAAACUAUUUAUUCAAAACAAAAUUUAAAUACUUUUAUAAAUAUACUGGCAUAUAAUAUUGAAAAUCAUAAAGAAAGUAAAGCUCUUAUUGCAGCAAAAAAGACAUAUUUUGGAUUAGAUGUUUCAAUUGAAGAUUUUAUACGAAAAUUAGAAGAAUUUCAUUUAAAUUAUUCUUAUGUAUAUGAAAGUAUAAAUACUGGUAUUGUACGUGUGAUACUUAAUAUAGAAAGUUUUUUAUAA